UGGAGGCUGCUGGGAGAGUGGGUCUUCUUGGAGCUGUUUCCCUCUCGAGGAGGGGCUGUCAGUGACCCGGCGUCACUGCAGCUCCAAGGUCGCCGGAUGAUGAUGUCGUGAAGCCGUCUGCCGGUCCCUGCCACGCCCGGGCAGUUACUGGCGGCGGCGGCGGCAGCCUCGGCUGCUGGCUCUCCGGCUGCCGCCGCGUCUAGGGCUUCUUGCAAAGGGAGCGCAGGUUGGAGGACGCCGGGCCAUUCCGGUCAUGACUGUCCAAGCUCACUUGAGAACUGCUGUAUAUGUCACUUGACUCACCAGAGAAAAUGCCCACAUGACCAGAUCCACUUCUCUCCUCAAUGGCUUGAUGGAUUUCCUGUAUCUGGAUUUAUACCAAAGCUGUCCUCAACCAAAGCAAGAAGAGGUCCUGCAUGAGUCAGUCCCAGAAUGCCAUUUUUACCUCACCAACAGGUGAAGAAAACCUCAUGAAUAGCAAUCACAGAGACUCGGAGAGCAUCACUGAUGUCUGCUCCAAUGAGGAUCUCCCUGAAGUUGAGCUGGUGAGUCUGCUGGAAGAACAGCUGCCACACUACAAGCUCAGAGUGGACUCACUCUUUCUGUAUGAAAACCAGGACUGGACCCAGUCCCAGCCCCAGCAGCAACAUGCGGCUGAUACCCUCUGCCCAGUGCUUGCUGAAGAGACUUUCCGCUAUAUGAUUCUAGGCACAGACAGAGUGGAGCAGAUGACCAAAACCUACAAUGACAUUGACAUGGUUACACAUCUCCUAGCAGAGAGGGAUCGUGAUCUUGAGCUUGCUGCUCGCAUUGGACAAGCUCUCUUAAAACGGAACCAUGUCUUAUCUGAGCAGAAUGAAGCCCUGGAGGAGCAGCUGGGACAAGCCUUCGAUCAAGUUAAUCAGCUGCAGCAUGAGCUCUCGAAGAAAGAUGAGUUGCUUCGAAUUGUCUCCAUUGCUUCAGAAGAAAGUGAAACUGACUCCAGCUGCUCCACACCUCUGCGCUUCAAUGAGUCCUUUAGCUUGUCUCAAGGUUUGCUGCAGUUGGACAUGCUGCAAGAAAAGCUCAAGGAACUGGAAGAGGAGAAUAUGGCUCUUCGAUCCAAGGCUUGUCACAUAAAGACAGAAACUUGUACGUAUGAAGAAAAGGAACAACAGCUUGUCAAUGACUGUGUCAAAGAACUUCGUGAAACAAAUGCUCAGAUGUCCAGGAUGACUGAAGAACUGUCGGGGAAGAGUGAUGAGCUGAUUCGAUACCAAGAAGAGAUCUCUUCUCUCUUGUCUCAGAUUGUAGAUCUUCAGCACAAGCUUAAAGAACACGUGAUUGAGAAGGAAGAGCUCAGACUUCACCUACAAGCUUCCAAAGAUGCCCAGCGGCAGCUGACCAUGGAGCUGCAUGAGUUACAAGACAGGAAUAUGGAGUGUCUGGGAAUGUUACACGAAUCCCAGGAGGAAAUAAAGGAGCUUCGAAGUAGAACUGGUCCUGCAGCUCAUCUCUACUACUCCCAGGCGUAUGGAGAUUUCACUGGGGAAUCUCUGGCAGCUGAGAUUGAAGGGACCAUGCGUAAAAAAUUGAGUUUGGAUGAGGAAUCCUCUCUCUUUAAACAAAAAGCCCAACAGAAGCGGGUGUUUGAUACUGUCAAGGUUGCCAAUGACACCCGAGGCCGUGCUGUCCCAGUCCCAGCUCUGCUGCCCAUCCCAGGCUCCAACCGUUCAAGUGUCAUUAUGACAGCCAAACCUUUUGAAUCUGGGUUACAGCCAACAGAGGGUAAAACACUCCUGAACCAAGGAAGCAACUCAGUGGAAAUUCCAGGGGACUCGCAGGAAGGGGCCCAACCAGGACCCUCUGUAGACAGCGAUUUGGCUACAGCACUUCACCGCCUUAGCCUGCGUCGGCAGAACUAUUUAAGCGAGAAGCAGUUCUUUGCUGAAGAGUGGGAGAGGAAGAUCCAGGUUCUGGCUGACCAGAAGGAAGGGUUUAGUGGCUGCCUCACCCCGACAGAGAGCGUUGCUUCUCUCUGCACUGACCAGUCGGAGAUCACAGACCUGAGCAGUGCCAGCUGCCUUCGAAGUUUCAUGCCAGAAAAAUUGCAAAUUGUCAAGCCCCUGGAAGGAUCUCAAACACUGCAUCAUUGGCAGCAGCUUGCUCAGCCACAUCUGGGAACCAUUCUGGAUCCACGUCCAGGCGUCAUCACUAAAGGCUUUAGCCAGGUGCCCAAGGAUGCCGUCUAUCACAUCUCUGAUUUAGAAGAGGAUGACGAGGAGGGCAUCACUUUUCAGGUUCAGCAGCCUCAUCAAGAAGAACAGAAGCCUUCGAUAUCCGAGCCAAUAACAGGGAUCUUCCUACCACCCGUCACCUCAGCCAGUGGGCCAGUGGCAGUUGCAACCUCAAACCCAGGAAAGUGUCUGUCCAGCACAAACUCGACUUUCACCUUCACCACUUGCAGAAUAUUACAUCCCUCGGACAUCACUCAGGUCACCCCCAGUGCUGGGUUCCUAGCAUUGUCCUGCGGAAGCAGCAGUGCUGCUGCAUCUAGCACGGCUAGGAGUUCUCCGGCCAUGUCCUACAGACUGAGCACCGGCGAGUCCGUCAGCAGCCGGCGGGAUUCCACCAUCACCCUCAGCAGCACCGUGAGCCUGGCCAAGCUCUUGCAGGAGCGAGGCAUCUCCGCCAAAGUGUACCGCAGCCCGCUGGCCGAGAACGCCCUCCUCCAGCCUCUCCCUAAAGCCCUGGCCGUCCCCUCCACGCCCCCCAACUCACCCUCUCACUCACCUCGUUCCUCCCCACUGCCCUUUGAACCCCGUGCACAUCUUGCUGAGAACUUUUUGGCCUCCCGACCAGCUGAAACAUUCCUGCAGGAGUUGUACGGAUUGAGGCCUGCCCGAAACCCUCCGGACGUGGGCCAGCUCAAGAUGAACUUAGUGGACAGGCUGAAAAGGCUGGGGAUCGCCAGGGCAGUCAAGGCCCCCAACGCCCAGGAGAGCAGGAAAAGCCAAGAGGCAGAAAUGGGUCUUCGGAAAGUAGACUCAGCUGUGUAUUUCAAUUCAGGCAGCAAUCUUCUGGGUGGACUGAGGAGGAAUCAGAGUCUUCCCGUCAUGGUGGGGGGCUUCGGCACCCCGGUUUGCACAUCCUCCCCAAAAAUGGGAAUCCUGAAGGAGGACUGAGGCUGUGCAGUUAACUGACCUCUUUUACAAGCUAGCACAUGAAGGAUGUGAUGCACUGAUACACGCGGUCUGGUUGAACUUGAGAGAAGAAGAAUGUUGAAAAAGGGUCGUGGAUGUGGGGAGGGCGCAGCGGAGGGGUGGAAACCGAAUUGAACUGAAGUCUAAGGGACAAAGUCUGGCAAACUGAGAGUGUAAAUGUAUGGGCAGCGAUUGGAGGCAAGACAGACUAUACACUCCUGAAGCUGAGUUUUCAUGUCUUGGAAACUCAAAGUUAAAGAAGUCAAGUAUACCAGAAAUCCUGAACUUGCUGUCAUGUUCAUUGCCAGUAAGCAGCAGGGAGAACCCAGCUUAGAAAAAUGGGAAGAGAAAAGCCGCAGCUUGGAUUGUGCUUCCUGGAAAGCUGUUCUAAGGGUUUGGCAGGUCAGCUCAGUGUGUCACUAGGACAGAGACAAGACAGCUUCAUAAGGGUUCCCUGCUGAUGCAUCCAGAAACUGGGGUGCCCACAGCUUUAGCAAAACCAGGAACGAUGUCUUUCCCUUACAGCAGAAGUGGAAAAUCCCUUUGUCUUUUCUGUUUUCAGGCUACUGGGCCAUUGGGAACCAAAACACCACUCAAAUCCUUUUUAAUUUAGGAUGAAUAAAAUUUCAUUUUUUAAAUUUGUAUUUUUAUACAAUAAAAAAAAAUGUGGCCCUGACUUAUUUUAAGAAGGAAAAUAGGGGCGGGUUGGUACCAAGGAAACAUGUUUUUAGACUGUUGUGCAUAAACACAGUAACCAAGGAAUACAAACCUAAUUGCAUAUCUAUUAAGUUUCCUUGGAUGCUAGAGGGGGUUAAAUCAGAAGUGCAAUCAAUAGGAAUUAGGAGUUACGUGUAUUUAUGUAUGUAAUUUUUUUUUAUAAAGAAAGUUGGUCACAACUAAUUUUUUUCCAAAGUGCACCUUGCAGAUUUUUAAUUAAAGAUGAUGUGUAUUUGCACAGAAUUCUCAGGCACAUUAAAUUAUUAUAAAGUGAAGUAAAACCCAGGUGCUUGCUUUUUUUUCUAAUAUUAUUAUAAUCUGCCUUGUUCUUAAUAUCUGUAGAAUUAGUGAAUGAACAUUGUAGUGGACAAGUCAAACUUCUUUCUGCUCCCCCACUGCCUGCCCAGCACUCUGGGAUGGCCAGGUAAGAAUCUGGAGUGAGGAGUCGGUGGUGUGAUGCAAGGUGAUGGAUUAGGCAGGAAUGGAUCUAUCAGUUACCAGGGUCUGCUCCUCAUCAGACAGCAUGGUGUUAUGCAGCAAGGACAGUUCCAAAAGAAAUGCCCUUAUAGAUCAUCCAUGAUAGGCGCGAGAUGUAAGGGGCCACAUCCUUUGCUUAUGAAAAUGGAAGGCAUGUUACUUAAUCUUUUCAGUGCUUUGUUCACGAAUUCUUUGCUCCUUUGUCCUGACUUAACUGAAAUCAACCUGCUGAAGGAUUCUGGGCUCUGACUCCUCUGGUUCCCAUCAAUACCUCUAUUCCCAGGCCAGGGGAGGGCCUUCCUCUCGCCUCUCAAGGUACUCUCCCUGCCUGAAGAAAAACUCGUGUACAGGAAGUGGUAAGAAUGUGUGAGUUGUCCAAACUUUUUAGAAUCUUUUAAUAAUAAACAUCUCCUCAAUGAAGAGCUCCAAA